GCUCUAAGUUUCAACCCCGUUUCCUAUAAGUCACAUGAUGUAUAUGUAUGCAUACAUAGAGAGAGAAAAGAGAAAAGAAGUUGAUGAGUAUAUGUAAAGAAGAAGAUUAAACAAUCAGAGACCAUACAAUGCCUUCUCCAGGUAAGGUGCGAGGUCAAUGAAUCAAUUAACAAAAAGAAGAAACUUUUUUCCAAGAAAAAUAAAAAGAAGAGAGUAAAGAGAAAAAAGAAAUCUUUUAGGCCUCGAAAAAGAGAGCUGAAACAAAAGUUGAUUUCAGAAAGCAAAACCCUUUGUUUCUCCCUCUUAACUCAUCUCUCUUUCUUCCUCUAUUAGUAAAGCUGAGACAGCAGUACUAUCCACCACCAAAUAAAAGAAGUAAAGAGGAAAGAUCUCUAAUCUUCACAUCAAAAACAAAAGAUUCUUCGAUUUUGUUUUUCUUUUCCAAUAGUCACAACUUAGUAAUUAAUUGUACACUUCCUCCAAUAUAUACCACCAUCGUUAAGAAAAACAAAAAGAUCAUCCCAUGAUACAUUACGAGCAAAACAACAACCAUCAGAACCUUCCCUCUUCAUCUUCCAACGAUCUUCUUCUUGGCAUCAAUGGAGCCGACGCAACCCAAAAGAGAAAACGAAGACCCGCAGGGACACCAGAUCCAGAUGCAGAGGUGGUAUCUUUAUCACCAAGGACGUUGCUAGAGUCAGAUCGGUACGUGUGUGAGAUCUGCAACCAAGGGUUUCAAAGGGAUCAGAAUUUACAGAUGCAUAGAAGAAGGCAUAAAGUGCCAUGGAAGCUUCUGAAGAGAGACAAGAAGGAUGAGGAAGUGAGGAAGAGAGUCUACGUGUGUCCCGAGCCAACAUGUCUCCACCACGAUCCGUGUCACGCCCUUGGAGAUCUGGUCGGAAUCAAAAAGCACUUCCGCCGGAAACACAGUGUCCACAAGCAAUGGGUUUGCGAGAGAUGCUCCAAAGGUUAUGCAGUUCAAUCUGACUACAAAGCUCAUCUCAAGACUUGUGGCUCACGCGGUCACUCCUGUGACUGUGGCCGCGUUUUCUCCAGGGUUGAGUGUUUCAUAGAGCAUCAAGAUACUUGCAACAUCCGGGAACCUCCACCCACCAACCACCGUCCUCUACAGCAGCACACGACGGGCCUUGCCGCUCCAUCAAGAACGACUUCAACCGCAAGCUUUGGCCCUUUAUUGCAUGGACUUCCUUUGUUACGUCCACCACGACCUUCCAAUCAACAUUCACCAGCUUUUGCUUACCCUUUCAAUGCUUCAUCAACUCCUUUCGAAAGCCUCGAACUUCAACUAUCCAUAGGAAUGGCGAGAACAUCAGCACAAGCAAAGCGCAACGAAAAGGGAGAGACGAGUUUCACCAAGGAAAGAGCGAACGAGGAGGUAAGGAAGGCAGAGGAAACGAGACAAGAAGUUAAAAGGCAGAUAGAGAUGGCGGAAAAGGAUUUUGAGAAAGCUAAGAGAAUAAGGGAAGAAGCGAAAAUCGAGCUGGAGAAGGCUCAGGUUGUUAGAGAAGAAGCAAUCAAGAGGAUUAAUGCAACAAUGAUGGAGAUCACUUGCCACUCUUGCAAGCAACUGUUUCAGCUGCCUGUUAUGGCUGAUGAGAGUACGUCGUCUCUUGUUAUGAGUUACGUUUCCUCGGCGACAACUGAAGGAGAAUGUGAGUGAUCCAAUGCAUCUUCAUAUAUCUCCAUAUGAACAAAAGAAAGCAAAUAAUCAUUUUAAACGAAAUGACGGUAUUUUUUUGUGGAUCUGUAUGAAUGAUCAAUUUUUACAAUACGCAUUAUAUUGUUUUCUUUUGCCACUGCAGAAUUCACAUAAUGACUGUAAAUUUGGAGAAUCGUUUGAAUUUCGAUUAAAAAUGUACCGGUUAAUUUUUA